AGAAAAGUCUGGAGAAGGAGCGGCAUUCUAAGGGUGAAGCGCGUGGAAGGAACAAGACUUGGAAUUGGGAUUGACGACCAGGGGAGCAAAAAGGGACUCCCUGCUGAUUUGUGCGUUCCUUGUGGAUUGUUCAAGUGUUAAUUGGGUGAGUGGCAAAUCAGUUGGUCAAGGGAUUGCCGCCAAUGAGGAAGUGAUCGCUCAAUGGUUCCAGAACACGAGGAGAAGGAAGAGGCGGCGGCUUGAGAGUGCAUAAGUCAGGAUGGUUGAGGCCACAUCGUCGACCUCGUCAAGUCCAUCCUCAACAACUUCGUCCGGAGAUCAUUUAAAUCAUCAGUAUGGAUAUCUCCCUCCAUCCUCAAACGCCCCUAUCAACCACACCCAUUGUCUUAUGUGGGCGUGCAAAGUGUGCAAAAGAAGAAAUGUGCGAAUGGAUCGACGAUAUGCGGCCACAUUAAGAGAGCGGAAAAGGUUGAGAAAAGUGAAUGAAGCCUUUGAGAUCCUGAGACAACAAACAUCCAGUGUGCCCAAUCAACGUUUACCAAAAGUGGAGAUCCUUCGGAAUGCAAUAUGUUACAUCGAAUCGUUGGAAUCCAUCCUCGCUCAGAGCGAGGAGGAUCCUCAAAGUUCAGAAAAUGAUUCGAGAUCCAGGAUAGUCAAACGCCAAUCUCCUGACAGUACAAACAACAUUCUACCACAAUAUCCUGAGCCUCAAAACAACAUCAAGACUGGUAAUUGCAAUCACCAGGAUGAAGCAAAUAUCCCUGGUUCAACGAGUUUGGAACAUUUAAACAGUAUCGUCGAGAAGAUCCCCAUGAAGGACCAAAUCCGUUCUGGAUGAAUUUCAAGCGCAUGGCAAACACUCAAUUCCAACAAAAAUCGUGAAGUAUUCUGACAUUUUUUGAACGAAAAAAAAAACAAAGUAAAUAUCCCUGAAUCAUUCUGUUAAUCUAUCUUAUUUUGCUCUGAACACAUCUAAUAUUUCCUUCUGUAGUCCGACAAAUGCUACUAGAGACCACGAAUGUGCUCUCUUGCUUUCCUUUGUGAAGUUGUUAAUAAACCAUAAACCUGUAUCCGCAUCAA